AUGGCGCUUGCCGAACCGGCCGUCCGCUGUAUGACCAUAGCACUUGCAACCAGACAGGAGGCUGCUAGCUGCUCCCCUGAUGAUGUGCAUGGCCUUUCCCGUUUACAAUCUAAUGCAUUCUCUUCGGCACUUCAUUUGCUGGUCCACCCGCAACCGGAAAUUAGCACUCUAGCAGUAUUGAUGUCCUGCUUCCUCUUCGUCGGGUACGAAGCAUUCCAGGAUCCAAUGGAGAUGACACCCCCAAGCGUCAAGCAUCUAGGAGCGGGGCUCCGUAUACUUGAGGAUCGAUCCACAAUGGCCUUCUUGCCAUCUACUAGCUCUUGUGCGGAGGCUGUCCACCUCUAUCUUGAGCCAAUGUACCUGCAGCUGGAAAUGAUGCUGUCCAUGCUCAUGACGCCAAGAGCGAUGUACCGCCGACGCAACAUGAAUGAAGAUCUCGAACAGCCCAAGCUAUCCCGCCGUUUUCAGCACCUUGUUGCUGCGCGUGUUGCACUUUACAGAAUAUGCCGAUGGCAUUUUGUCUUCCGGGCCCAGGAAGUGAACGAAUGGACUCGCAAAAGCCCGCGUUUCUUACCGUACGAUCGCUAUUUUUGGAAUGGCACAGAUUGA